CUAGACAAUGAUACUCAUUGCAGGCCACAAUCAUUUCGACAAUUUACUUGAAACGAUUCAGUAUCACAAAUUACAACUUGUCAGAGCCUAUGUACCAUAAUUUAUACUUCAAGUUGCAAAAUGUUCUACCCAUCCUACUUCUUGUUACUUUAGGAUUCUUAUUUUUGUCCGGAAUUGAAGCUCAAAUUGAUGAGUCCAUCAUACCCGACGGGAACUAUCUGCUAGGCAGUUUGUCACAAGUGGCCGUGUUUUUGACAUCUUUGCAAGAAAUGACCCAAAAUCCAAUGCGGCUCGGCAAUGUCACAUCGGAAAGAUGGAUGGCAGAAUUCCCUUUACAACAAGUUUGGACAAUUACGAAAUCCCCAUAUUACCCCGAUCAAGGCGAUUAUCAGUUACGUUAUAUUCGGACUCAUGGUGAAUAUGGAAUGAACAAUGUUGACUUCGAAUUACCACCUGGAAGUUCUUUUCCAGUUUAUCAUUUCUGGCGAGUAAUUGAUGUUGAAGGAACCAAUUUAGUUCAACUUAGAAGCGUCCUUCAGUUUGAUUGGGAUGGCGUUGGAGAACAGUGUUUGAAACAUAAUGGCAAUGGAACUGAUGCAACUUUUGAGGAAUGCGACACUCAAGAUUGGACACAACAUUGGAUUUAUAUAGAUCCCGUAAGUCUCGGAUCCGUGGUUGAGCAAACAGACUAGUAGGCUCCAGAUGGUAAAAAUUGUCCAAUUAAUUAAUUGAUGGAAUCGGGAAAAAUUUAACUGUAUCAUCAAGUUGUAAACCACGAUAAGCUGAAUAAUUCAACAGAUCCAGCAUAUUUUAAAUUCCAUUUUGGUUAACAAUAAAAAAAGCUUUUAAAAACUUUCAUAGC